CGCGCCGUUACCUGUUAAACCAUAUUAUUAAUCUGGUAACAUUAAAAAACAGGCUAUUGUGAACACAAAAUCAUCUAAUUUGGAUCAGCUGUUUAUUAUUUUUAUUUGCCUUUGUUCGUCCAAUUAGUGUUUAUUUAUUAGAAAAUCUAAUAAAAAUCGAUUGCGAUGUCAAGAGGAUAUAAUUGGCAAAAUUCUGCUGAACGAGAAAAUGCUGCACAGUCUCAAUUAGUAGCAAAUACUCAUGAUAUUCUUGAGCGUAGUUCGGCAAGCAUACAGCGAUCAAACCAGGUAGCCAUAGAGACCGAGCAGAUAGGUACAGAAGUUUUAACGGAACUAAAUGAACAACGAGAAUCUUUACUACGUUCUUCACGGCGACUUCAAGAUGCAGAUGCAGACAUUGUGCAGUCGAGAAACAUUAUAAGAAAACUGCGCCGGGAACUACUUUACAACAAACUCGUUCUGGUGCUAAUUAUAAUUCUGGAAAUAUGUGUUUUAGCCGGGUUGAUAGUUAUUAAAUUUGUACGUUUCUAAACUUACAUACAUUAUAUACAAUACAAUUUCUUAAAUCAGAUAUCCCACUAAGCUAGGAGUAGUUUGGUUUGAGAUGCAAGCUGUAAAACUUUAUUCGAAACAUUUCCAUGCUACUACACAGUACACAUUUAUAACAUUUAUGAAAUUACAAUUUACCUAGAGCAUGAUAACCUUAUGUGUAUAAGGGUGCGGUUUAACAGAUCUAAUGUCAUUAUGUGCAGAGUUUUACAUUAAUACUUUAUUAAACAUCAAUCAGCAGUUAAUUAAUGCAGAGUUAAAUAUAUUCGCAUUGAAUUUUAAAAUUUGGCAAAUGAUGUUCACAUGUAUUUUUCAUGUACAUAUACAUGAAUUUUUAUAAUGGUGGCCAUCACAGAAUCCAUCGUAGUCCGAUUUUUCGUGAACUCUACGGAAGAGCGAUCAAUGAAUCCGAAUCGCCACGAACGUGUGUAUUCAAAGUAUACGCUACGCUCGCAGCUAUUCGAAUUCCAUGAUAGCAUUUUCGUAGAAUUCACAAAAAAUCGGAUUACGAUGGAUUUUGUGAUAGCUCUGAAUAAAUACAUAUAUAUAUAUAAAGCUGUAAAGUUUCUUAGGUAUGUUAGGCUUUGUAUAGCACCUUCAUCGUAUUACUGAAAAAAAAAAAUUAAUAAUGGAGUAAAUUCGUUUAUGGAGAUACAUAAAUGUACGUAGAUCAUUUUGAAAAUAAUAUUGCAACUUUUUUCUUUAGUGUUUCAGGAUGUGGGUUUCAUAUAAAAAACUUUGCAAUUUCAAAAAAUAAAAUACAUAAUUUAAAUUUAAUUGAUAAAUUAGAUAUUUAAUUAUUACAAGAUAAGACAAUAGGUGUUAUUAUCGUAAACGCGAAUAAAUGAAAAAAGAUACAUAUGCAUAUGAAGAUGAUGUAACCCUCGUUUGUUAAUACUGUUGGAAACUACUCUUUUAAGCAGAUAUCCAACUAAUCUUACAAGUAAUAAACAUAUAAAUAAAUUCGUGA